AUGAGUAGUUUAACUGAGGCUGAGCAGACAUACGGAGCCGACGACAUGAUCGGUGAGCAUCGUCGCUGUCAGAUUGACGCUUCUGAUUCUUGGCAAUAAAUAUUAGAGGAUCCGAUAUUGUCCCUGCAAAGCUUGCGCUGCGUUUGGUGAUAUGUAGUCCAGCUAAUCUUUCCGGUCGCUCAGCUACCUUACCUAUAUAAAAUUACUAUAUUUCCAAAGGCAAAGUCAAUUAAGGAGCAUAAAACUAAUGAAUCCAGUUGUGAGAUGAUUAAUAUCGUCACUCUGUCUCUGAUGCAUCAGUCCGCUGACCGCUCUUAUAUGUGAGAAGCGUUCUACCUAAUAUAAUAAUUUAAGCGGAGUUCCCAUGCAGGCUUUUGCGUUAGCCGUUAGGUGCCCUUCGGGCUUAAAUUUUCCGGUUAAUACAAUUAUGUUUCCCGGACAAUAAUAGGGUUAUGAUUGAGGCCAAGGUCAAAAAUAAAUAUAUUUGAAAUAUACCAAUUUUUGUAACUGCUUAAUUCUAUACGCUCUUCUAUAAUAAAUUUUCAAUUCUAAAUUUUGCAUUUAAGAUUCUUCAAGAAAUAUUGAGAAAUUUAUCAAAGAAGAGGUGGAUCUCGAUCAAGAUGGUUUGGUUUCGAAAAAAGAAAUCAUUCACAAAAUGGAAAAAUCGUUUUCACAACAAAGACAGAGCGAAGUGGAUAAAUUAAUGGAUAAAUACGAUAUAAGUAAGUUGUUUUUUAUAUGAAUAGCAGUGAAACUAGGUAGCAUCAGAUGAUCAGAAAGAAAGUUCACUACCACCAGGCUCUGACUAAUUUGGUCAGUGAGUAAAGUGGUCUAAAAGCCUCCUCCGCAGGGAAUGGGUUUUAGCCUCAGGCCAAUGAGUGGAUAGUUCAAAAUUGUUUGGAGGCUAAAGUGGUCUGGCGUAAGCUCACACAUUUAUAAAGGGUCCACUAGGCCUAUCAAAUCAAAUGAUAUAUGCUGUAUUUGUAAUAUAGCUACAAUCAUGGCAAAAAUUCCGUAGACACUUAGCACACAUAUUGGCAUCUUUGUAUCCGGCCCGCUCCCCCGUACAAUGUUGGUUGUGACUACUGACCUUCUGACUACUAAGCGUUUGGAAUGCCCAGCAUAUAUUCAGUCCUACUACUUACUUACUCGCUUACUUACUUACUUACUUACUUACUGAUUUAUUUAGCCACGCUGCAUUGCCAUACACAACAUAGUUGUAAUAUACAAUCUGUUGAUUUUCAGAUGGGGCGUGUUUUACUUACAAACUAUUUUAACUCACAUCCUAAGUCUCUGGUAUAGUGGACAUGCUGCGUUUAAAUUGGUAAACCGAAGAUGCCUUUUUCGCCUCAGAAGGAAGACUAUUCCACAACAUUGUACCACUAUAUUUGAAACUUCGUUUAAGCCAGAUAGUUUGUUUUAGGUUUUGGAAGUGCUAGAUCAGUAUCAUUACUUCGAAGAUUAUAUUCUCUAUUAAGAUCUUUGAUUUCGUGGGUCGAAGUGAACCCGGUGAUGCUUGGUAGACUCCCAGAGGUAGACUCCGUAGAGGUGGAAGCACCACUCUUCAGUUACAGCAAUGAUUUAAUUAUGAUGUUUGUGAUGUUAUACUCUGAGUGUAUAUCCACACCGGGCAAGCUUGAAAAAUAUGCCUGACCACGGUGGGAAUCGAACCUACGACCUUUGGAAUACUAGCCCAAAUGCUCUGCCAACUGAGCUACGCAGUCUGAUCGGUACGAGUAUGUGAUAUUUCCGAACAUUACACCAACAGUACAUUACACCAACACAGAAAAAUCAUGAUUAUUAUUAGAUAACAUUGAUAUCGAAGGAACUAGAUUCUGUUCCGAAAUAUCACAUACUCGAACCGACCAGACCGCGUAGCUCAGUUAGCAGAGCAUUGGGCUAGUAUUCCAAAGGUCGUAGGUUCGAUUCCCACCGUGGUCAGGCAUAUUUUUCAAGCUUGCCCGGUGUGGAUAUACACUCAGAGUAACAUCACAAGCAUCAUAUUCACCUGAGUACAUUACACCAACACAGAAAAAUCAUGAAUGAUUUAAUUAGUAACGAAGCCGCACUACCCAUGACAAGAAUUGCUGUAGUAAAUUACGGUCUUUAUGAACGUACUUUUCCACAUAGAUUAUGACAACAAAAUUUCGUGGAAUGAAUUUGUAUCUACGGCUUAUCCCGAUGAAGCUUUACGAAAUUCUGAAGAUUUAGAUUACGAUAAGAAAAAAUUCAUCAUGGCUGACUUGACUCAAGAUGGAGUUCUUGACUCUAAAGAGUUUGCAAGUUUUUAUUUUCCAGGGGUAUGAUUUUUAAAUGUUUACUAUAACAGAAUCAUAUUUUCUAUCACAUACUAGCUACGACUAAAUUAGUAUGGUAGGUAUCCAGGGGAAAAUUACAGCUCGAUCGCUCCACUACCAAACAAUAUGGCCGGGCUGAUAUAUGUGGCAGUUCGCGCACAAUAAUGAGGGUGGGAAAGGGGGUAUGGAUCACGUUUCACAACGAAAAAAAAGCCGUUUCACGAUUCACGUGUCUUAAAAAAGCAAUUUCACGGAAAACUAGAUUCUAAUAAAAUAAUAUAAUAAUAAUAGGUUUAUUAAGAGUAUGUUGAAUGCAUGGUACAACCUGUCAGUUAAAAACUACAUCAUAACUUAGAAGUUUGAGUGACGAGUAUGUCCGACGACCUCCGAAAGGCCUCCAAAGUUUUUACUCUUGUGCAAUCGAGUGAGAUCAUAUAAAUUGAUUAUCGCGUAUCAUGUCUAUUACACUGAACUAUAUGACUAUUAGUAAACUGAUAGAUCGAAAUAAACAAAGCAAAAUCGCAGUUCACGAAACAGACAUCCUUAAUUCUCAUUUCACGGAGCAUUUUUAUCGACAAUCACGCCUCACGGCUGAAGAACAAAUCACAUUUCACGACACUAAAAUCAAGCAUUUCACAUUUCACGCGAACAAAUAUUGACCAUUCACGGCUCACGAAAAUACCCUUUCCCACCCUCAAUAAUCAACCUCGCAAGCCAGGGUUUUUAUCACGCUUGAGGCGAGCCUCAAUAGUUAGGGUUAGGGUUAGGGUUGUGAUUGCAUGGGCUCAAGAUCAAAGAGAAAUAUAUUCGCACGUGAAACAUGAAGAUAUUACCACAAUGGUUAUGUGCCACUGUGACUUUGAGGUUAGUAGGGUCAAUAUCUUGACGGAGAAAAAAGAUCAGCGCAAACUGAAUGGGUGUCUAUAGACAUACAUUCCACUACUAUAUUAAAAUUCUUUCAUUCCUCCAUGCAGGCAGGUAACGAAGACAUGGUUGAAAUGGUAAUGGACGAUUGGCUAAAGAAAGUUGACUUAAAUCGCGAUGAUUUCGUAACAAUGGAUGAAUUUUUGGGUAAGUGCAAUUAGAGAACAGUUAGUUGAGAUGCAUGCAGCUCAUGCUUAGAAUGAUCCACCUGGAGAUGAAAAUAUCAUCGUUUGCCCUAAAUUAAUUUAGAUUAAAUGAUUGAGACGUUGGGCUUAAACUUAGAUCACAUCAACAAAAACGAGGCUUUAUAUAUAGCCAAAGUGACAUACAUUCCGGAAGGGUCAUUUCAAAGUCAAAACUCAAAGCUAGCUGGACAACCUAGACCUCGCGGAAAAGCGCGACAAGCAAAAUGGACAUGGAUAUGUAAUCGAGUAUGGAAAGAGAGGCGUCGACGUUGUCGUUAUGUUUUGCAAAAUGAGAAAAAGAAGCAUUGAGAAAAAGACACGUCUGUUGUGCAUUUCGCGUUUGGAGAUCGAGAGUUAGCUUGAUCGAGAUGCGCGGUCUACAUCAGAGUGGUCUACAUAGAGUAGUUCAUCCAACACUCCAAAUUUAAAAAUAAACAAAAUAUAAGGAACUUAGGAACAUCGUAAUGCUUCCUAUAAUAUUGCAGCAAUAUUAAAAGCAAGGACCGCGGAACUGGGGGGCAGGGGGCCAUGCCCCCUUCCCCACUUUAUCGCUUUACCCCUUCCCCUCCAACACACUCACUGCAAAGUCUUAGUUGUAUAAUAUCAAUCGUGUAGCUGAUCUACACAGACAGCAGGCUUUUUGAUGCUGUAUAUAAUACCAAUGUGGACGCGAGCGGUAACGACCGAUUAAUUCAUAUUAUUUCUCUACUAUAUAGCUUCUCAAUCAGACGGUAAUCCUGACAUUCACGACCAGAGAAAACUAAGGGAACAUUUUAAUGAAGACUAUGACAUAAACAAAGAUGGAAAACUUGAUAAAGAUGAAUUGAAAGAAUGGUUGGUACCAACUCGUGCGAGUGCCAUGAGAGGAACAAGAAAAAUUCUUACGUUGGCUGACAACGAUGGUGAUGGUCAUCUCAGUAUGAAAGAAAUAAUCGAAAAUGAUCGUUCGUUACAUCCUUUGCUUCAUGAUACGAACGCAUAUAAAGAUGAACUUUAGGUCAAAGCCGGCAAAACAAGCAAAAAUUUUGCUGUGCAAAAAAACUGAUUUCAACAUAUGUUUGUAGUUGAAUUUGUAUUCAGUGGUGAUUUCAGUGCUGUUUUGAAACUUAAAAUAACAGAUAAAUUGAAUAGAAAUUGAAUAGAGUCUUGAAGCGUAAAGGCC